AUGACCACUUUUGACGCUGAGACAUUCGCCUUCCUUUCCUCUAUCAAGGAGCCCGCACUCGAAGACGGAGCAACGCGCACAAGACUUCUCGAUAUGAUGGAAAAUCUCGAAGCUCCCCACCCUUACGGAAUUCUGCAAUGGCUUCAAAUGGCAGAGUUCCGCGUCUUUGCCUUUGAUAACCUGCGGGUUGAUUGUGUCAAGACCUGGGCUGGUUACAACACCCAAGUCCACCCCUUGUGGAUUUUCCUCCUCCUAGGAAGGUUUAUCGCGACGAUGCUUGGCCAAGAGAAGUUUGAAUGCACAGUCGGUGGGAACCGCUACCAGUGCCCUAGACCUGAAGAAGAGAAGAUGAAGCUGGAGUACAGGAAUGAUGAAUGGGCAUAUGAGACGGACGAUGUGUCGAUCGACAUGCCUUACGAGUAUGGAGAUUUAUUAAACUAA